AUGAGCUUCGCCGGCAGGACACUGGGCCGAUGGACAUCGACCACGACAAGAUGGAGCACAGCAACGCUGCCGAGGUCGAGAGCAGCGUGGACUUGUGCAGAGUGUCGCGAGCAACUUGUGGUUCGGCCUACGAGAACAGAUAAGAUUGGGACGUUGUCGGUAUGGGCGCGUGGCUUCUCGAGCACGACGCGAAGGCAAGACGAUAAGACGGAGGAGCGAUUGCGGCGCAUACAGGAAGAAAACGCUGCUCGCAUACGCAAGGAAGAGGAAGAGGCUCGAUUACGCGCAGAGCAAAAGGCUCAAAGACUGCGCCAUGAGGAGGCCGAAGCACAGCGCAGAGAAGCAGAGGCACAGCAACGACUCCAAGAGCAGGAUGAACCCAAACCACAACCAUCCCUAUCCUCCCAACCUCAAAAUACGACAGCAACAUCAACGGCUCCAGUAACCGCUGCCGAGUCCUCCACGACCCUUCCCUCCCACGCCGACUCCCGCCGCUCUGACGUACAAAAACGCCUCACGCAAUUCCUCGAUGAUCUCCUCUUACACGCGUCUCGCAUCGGCCAGCAAGUGAACCAAUAUACAGGAACGGACUACUCCGGCAUCGAGAACCUCCGCAAAGAGAUCUCCUCUCAGGAACAGAAAGUCCGACAGCUCCGACGUGCUGUCGACGAAGCUCGAAAUGUUCACCAUGACGCCUACGCGCAACAAACAGCCAGUCAGCGAGAAAUCGUAGCAUUGCUCGAGCGAAAAAGCAGCUGGUCGCCAACCGAUCUUGAACGAUACAUGUCUCUUGUCCGAUCAGAGCAUUUGAAUGAGCAGAGUGUCAGUUCCGCCAAAUCGAAUCUCGACGUCGCAGAGAAUUCGCUCGAAGAAGCGAGGAGUUUGUUGGAGAGGUUAGAGAGAAAGCAGUAUCAUGAAGAGCAGAUUUGGAGUGAUACGAUAAGGAGAAAUUCCACGUGGGUGACAUUUGGCCUGAUGGGGUUCAACAUAAUUCUGCUGCUUGCAAAUAUUGUGAUCUUCGAGCCGUGGAGGAGGAAGAAGAUUGCGAAGGAUGUGAAAGGAUUGUUGGAUGAGAAGGCCGCAGUCGAGGAGAAGAGGACAGCAAGGGAAACGGGGGUAGAGGUCAGCGAGAAGGGAGUGCAAGUGGAUGAGGCAGAGCUGAGGAGCCUGGAGGAAUUUGAGAAAUUGAAGAGAGCGGAGGAGGAGCGCCCAUGUGAUAUUGCUCCUCCGGCUGAGACUCAAGAGAGUGCAUCGACACUUACCACCGGAGAGAUGCUUCCACUAGAGGCAUCAGAAGUGGUUGGAGCCGUGCCCAACGUCUCGGAUGACAUCGCGAAGAGAAAGGCCGCCACGACCGAGCAGCCUCAACCCGUGCGAUCAAUGUGGGAGUUCUAUCAAGAUGCGCUGAGCGAUCUGUUCUCCGAACGCAUUGUCCAGAUGCGCAAAGUCGAUGUGACCAACAUCGCCCUGCAAGGCGCAGCGUCAGGCUUCGCUAUAAUGGGCCUUUUAUUUGUCCUGUUGCGGCCGAAAUGA